AUGAAUCUUAUACAGCUCCUUUGCAUAUCGUUGUGCGUUGCUGUUGCUCAAACAGGAGCUAUCUGGGAUUCAGUCGCUCGGGCGUGGGUGACCACCGGCGAAUCUCGCGGCUUGCCUACAACACCAGGAAACUGUCUUCCAAAGCAACCAUCGGAAUACGCGAAAUCUACCAUUAUGUUUGAACGGCAAUACCAAUUGAGACAAGGCCCAGGAACAUUAAUGAAGACCUACACAACAAUGAUGGAUUGCUUCAAUGCAUGCUAUAGUAAUAGCAGCUGCGGAACAAUGUGGUUUGCUGGCUAUAACCGUAGUUGCACACACUAUCCAACAACAAUGACAUGCGCCUUGGUUAGUGAUCCCCGGGACUACACUAUCUUGAACCCAUUGGUUACAAUCCGACAGCAACUCAGCGGCACUGCGAUCAGGAACACAAUCAAUACAACUGCGGCAAGCGGAAGGCUGGCCUUAUGCGUUGCGUGGCGCCCGGCCAUGAAAUGCAAGUUGCAACCCUUCAUGAUGGGCUCAGGCUAUUUGGAAGCUGCGGCCAAUAAAAACCCUACAUUUUUCUUGUCGACGGAGAAAACUAGCGAAUGUGGUUCUUUUAUGGAUAUCUACAGGAAAAGUGCUGGCAAUGGAGAUUAUUACUAUUCCAAUAACCGAUCAACCUCCGAUUGGACGCCAGUUCCAGGGUUUUACUCAUGGGAUCCUAUGCUUUGU